AUGCGCGUUAGUUUCGCUGAAAUCAUUGUUUGGUUUCAUAUAACUGAUUUCAUUUAUUACAGAUACGCUGCAGGGUUCGAGCGUGUGUGGACUUUGAUUUUGGCUUGGAAGCCCGAAAAAACCUUGAAAAUUUCGUCAGAAGAGUACACAGACGGUUCAUCACCGCCUUCAAGUCGAAUUUCUCAAUCGAUUAUUCGAGAGCUCUGCAUCGCUCUAUUAUCUGCGGAUCCUGUCCCGCGCCCAGGCAGCACUCAGAUUAAGCUUGACGUAAACGCAGAGCCUCCGUGGGAUCCUGAUCCACUUUGCUAA